ACCGAACCGGCUCCCCACUAAAACAAGGAUAUUUUCGUAAUUUAGACUCCUCUAGGGUUUCAAAUAAAUUCAUUGCAUCUUCCAUUCAGCAACCUCUCAGCAGUUCUUCGUCCCCUCUUCCAUACCGCAGGUUCUUCGAUUUCAUCACCACCGUCAAAAUGCAGAACGAGGAGGGACAGAACAUGGAUCUCUAUAUCCCCAGGAAAUGUUCCGCAACGAAUCGGCUUAUUACUUCGAAGGAUCAUGCAUCUGUUCAGAUAAAUAUUGGACAUUUGGAUGAGAGUGGCAUGUAUACGGGUCACUUCACCACCUUUGCGCUUUGUGGUUUUGUCCGAGCUCAGGGAGAUGCCGACAGUGCUCUCGAUAGGCUCUGGCAGAAGAAGAAAGCUGAAAUUCGUCAGUAGGAUUGCUGAUGUUUUUUGUGUGCUUUCUCUUGUGAGGACUACAAAGAUGAUGAAACCCAUUUGAGGUUUCUUUCUAUUUGAAUGCCUUUAGUAGACUUAGGUAUUGAAUGUAGCAGUGUCCCUUUUGCAUUUGUGUCUAAGAUGGUGAAAUCCUGAUUAGCUUUUCAAUCUAUUGGAAUGCCUUGGUAAGCUUUCAUACUGAA